UUCCAGAUUCCACGUGUUAAAAUGUCAAGUAUGACGUAACAUCCGGCUAGGUAUUGUUUACGUUUUCUGAGUUUAAGGUUAGGAAAUUGUUUCGGAGAGCCGACUUUAUUUGUCUCAUGUCUUGAAGAAUGCCCAUUGAAGUCAAGCCUCGAAUUGUGAUUCUCUAUGGGUCUCAAAAAGGUCAAGCCCAGUCCAUUGCGGAAGGGAUAGCUGAAGAGGCAGAGGAGCAUGGACGACUUGCUGAGCUCAGCUGUUUGAAUCAGAAAGAGAAGUACAAUUUGGAGAAGGAAAAUUCCCCUGUUGUCUUUAUUGUGUCUACUACUGGAGAUGGGGAGCCACCAGACAAUGCCCUGCAAUUUGUGAAGCACAUCAAGAAGAAGACCCUCUCCUCUGAACACUAUAAACAUCUCCACUAUGCACUUUUAGCUUUAGGAGACACCAACUACGAAAACUUUUGCAACUGUGGCAAGACAAUUGAGCGCCGUCUACAGGAACUUGGAGCCCAACAAUUCUAUGCAACAGGAUAUGCAGAUGACGGUACAGGGUUGGAGUUGGUUGUAGACCCUUGGCUUGAAGGACUCUGGAAAGCUGUCAAAGCCACUUUAACAAAUAUGGCUUCUGAUUGGAGUAUGGACAAGACAAUUCCAGAUUCAUUGAUACCACAUGUUGAACUAAACCGCCUAAGCCUCACUGACCAGUCUCCCAACUUAGACCUCAAAUGCGCAUCCCCGGGUUCAGCUUCUGUUGAAGGAGUCCGGUUAACGGCACCCCCAGCAGAAACGCAAACCACGGAUGCUGGAUUGUCCGAUGCACCUUCACUGUCACACUCAGUGCCUCCACUGUCCGAUUUGUCUCUAAAUGUUCCUAGUCUACCUCCACCUUUUCUAGACGUGUCUCUUCAGGAAUUAGACAUGGUAGAUGAGAUUUUUGGACCGUUAAACAGCGAAACUCUCAAUUUGGUCCCUAUAUCCCGUGCCGUUUGUUUAACAACGGGCGAGUCAGUCAAGACUGCCAUCCUUCUUGAGCUUGACAUCACUACUCACCCGAUGUUGACUUAUCAGCCUGGGGACUCGUUUGAUGUUUUCUGCCCAAAUAGGGCACCUGAGGUCAAGCAAUUGCUUCAAAGAUUGGGUCUUGAGGAUAAGAAGAAUCAUCUCGUCCAAGUUUCUUUACUGAAAAACACAAAGAAAAAAGGUGCUCAGGUUCCUUCAUAUAUCCCUCAGAACAUUUCUCUACUGUACCUGUUCACAUGGUGUCUGGAGAUUAGAAGUGUUCCUAAGAAGGCCUUCUUGCGAGCGCUGGCUGAGCAUACAGCAGACAGCGUGCAAAAAAGGAGACUGCAGGAGCUUUGUAGCAAACAAGGCACCGCCGACUACAACCAGUUUGUGAGAGAGACAAGCCUCUGUGUUUUGGAGCUUCUGGACGCUUUCCCAUCCUGCUUGCCUCCCCUGAACCUCUUUAUAGAACUUCUCCCCAAGCUGCAGCCAAGGCCUUAUUCAGCGGCCAGCUCCUGCCUUCAGCAUCCGGGCAAGCUGAAUUUCGUUUUUAGCGUUAUCGAGUUCCCAGCACGCUCAGGUCGUCCUGCGGGGAGGCAGGGCUUAUGUACUGGUUGGCUCUUUGACCUCGUCUCACCUCUCCUGGUUCACCAAGGGAAGCAUGAAUUGCAGCAUUGCGGGUCCGUACCGCUGAUUCAUGCGAGUUUGAGACCCAACCGCUCCUUUCGACUUCCACCUGACACGUCGGUGCCUGUCGUAAUGGUCGGACCUGGUACGGGUGUCGCGCCCUUCAUCGGCUUCCUCCAGCAAAGAGAAAAGGAGAGGCAGCAGAAUCCCGAUGCCGUGUUCGGUGAGACCUGGUUGUUUUUCGGUUGUCGCUACAGAGACCAAGACUACCUGUUCAGGGAGGAGCUGGAGGGCUUUGUAUCCAGUGGCACCUUGGACCACCUCAUGGUGUGUUUCUCCAGAGAUAACCAGAAGGAGGAGGCCAUCGUUUCAGAGAGACCUCCCAAAUAUGUCCAACACAACAUGUUGCGCCACAGCCACAAAAUCAUCAACAUCUUGAUCAGACAAAACGCUUGCCUCUAUGUUUGUGGAGAUGCAAAGAACAUGGCUAGAGAUGUAAACGACACCCUGGUGGAGAUGAUCAUGAGUGAGCUCCAGGUGGACCAACUGGAGGCCAUGAAGCAACUGGCUAGCCUGAGGGAGGAGAAACGCUACUUGCAGGACAUCUGGGGAUAAAAGAGGUCUUCUCUUUUUUUGUUUUUAAAAACAAAUAUGAUCCAAAACUCAACACACUUAGCUGUAACCUUCUGAGCUAACUGCAAGGCAUUGCUUUAGAGCAACCCUGCUGACCUCAGUGUUGACAUCAUCUCCUGCUUUGCUCGUUGAGCAAAAGUGACCUUAGCCAGUCCAAUAUUGCUGCUUAUUUGUUCUUACGGUGUGAAAAUGCUUUUAGGCUUGACAAGCACUCCAUGUUUAUCCUGCCAGUAAAAGUAUUUAAGUCAGAUUUGAUGGAGGGAUUUCAAUGAGACGGAAACUGGCAUUCGGUUCCUCCCUAGAUAAACAAAAGUCAUUUACAUGCAAAUAUAAAAAGGAUUUUGCAGGGUUUAGAAGUUUUUUGGUUUUUUUUACGUGCAAAACUCACUGCCAACUUAAUAAACCGCAUUUGAAAAUGAACUUGUGAAGGCCACACACACACAAAAACUCAAAUCAUUUUUUUAAAAUGGAUUUUUAAUGAAAAUACAUGAAAUACAAAUACAUUACCGGAACAAUACAAGGCGUAUUUUUUUUUUAUUAUUCAUCAUGAGAAAGUGUACUGGGAAGUUCAGAGUGAGCAUAGAGGGCAUAAAUAUCCAUCAUAAAGCUCUCAGCUCUGAGAAUAAUCCCCCCGACUUGACUUUGUUUGGGUCUGCCCGCAUGCACAAUGUUAUUUUGGACUCCUUCAAACAUUUCCCCAGCUGAGCUACCAUCUCAAACACACACUGCCUGUCAUAUUGUGUGGUAUGGAAAUAAAAUCAUUCGAAUAAACUU